AAAGAAAUACUGUUAAAGGUGAAAGGUUAAGAGAUUCUCGUGGUUGAUCUUCAGAGAUAUACUGUCCAGAACGAUAUAAAAUUAUUGGUUUACAUUUUUAUUGUACAAUAUACAGGCAUAAUGGAAGAGAUAGAAGCCGACGAAGAGUCGUUCAUAAAGCAGCACCGCAAAGAAAAGAAGGAUUUGCAAGCCAAAAUUCAGAGUAUGAAAAAUGCUGUACCCAAAAACGAUAAAAAGAGAAGAAAACAAUUAGUAGAAGAAAUUGCAAAGCUUGAAGCAGAGUUGGAUCAGAAACACGAGGAAGAGUUGAAACAACUGAAAAAUAAAGUGGAUGAAGAGACGAUUAAGCCACUUGAAAAUGGGAUUGAGUGUUUAUCCAUGGAGAGUGGAGAGCAACAGAAUCUGAAAUCGUGUCGAAUUUCUAAAGCCCAGAAGAGAAGGGAUAAAAAGGCUGCGAUAGAAAAGGAGAGAGAAAACAGAAUAGCUGAAGCUGAGAUUGAGAACCUAAGUGGAGCUCGGCAUCUUGAAUAUCAGAAGCUUUCUCAGGGAUUGGCUCAACGACAUCUACAGAUCAAGCAAAUUCCGUCUGAUGGCCACUGCAUGUACAGAGCUAUUGAAGACCAGCUGAUAUGCAAGGGCCUCAAUUGGAAUGUCCAAGAGCUUAGAGCUCAGACAGCUAAAUAUAUGAGAGACCAUUCAGAAGAUUUCCUCCCAUUUUUAACAAACCCAUGCACAGGAGAUGUAUACACAUCAGAUGAAUUUGAAAAAUACUGUACAGAAAUAGGAAGUACAGCAGCCUGGGGAGGACAGCUUGAGUUACGAGCACUUUCACACAUUCUUAAGACACCAAUGGAAGUAAUCCAGGCUGAGGCACCUUCAAUAGUUAUUGGUGAGGAAUAUGAAAAUCAACCUGUUAUACUUAUAUAUAUGAGGCAUGCAUAUGGACUCGGGGAGCAUUACAAUUCAGUGGAACCAUUAAAGGAAACUCUACCUGAAGAAGAGUCCUAGCACCUUUUUCCUUAAGUGCAAUGUAUUACAUAGUGUGAUUAAGAAAGUGUUUUAAAAAUCACUGUAAACAGGAAAUAGGGUGAUUUUGUUCUGGUUGUGUGUGUGUUUUAACACUAAUAUAUAAUUUUUGAAAGUGAGAAACAUUAUUGUUGGUUCUGUAGGUUAUGUAGUGAAUUGCCGGAAAGAAAAAACACAAUUAGUGUUAAUAUAUAUGAAAACAAAUAUCAAGAAAAAUGAAAGCCUUAAUCCUUGUAAUUGUAUAGUUUUUCUUUUUAAUGCUACACAUCAGGUAAGUUGUUACUUGUAGAGAGAAAAUGUGUUUUUGGCAUAUUUUCCAGUUUUGUAACAUGGAUUUUGAAUGCCAAGUAAACAGUUAUAAAAUUGGAUAUCCAUGCUAUGUGCAUAUGUAAGUGUACAUGUUAUAAAAUAAUCAAAUUCUGCUGUAUACUAUUAAUGCCUGUCUGCUCAUUCUCUUUUUGUUCCAAAAACAUCCAUAGAAAAUCUGUUCAUAGUAAAAUGUACUAUAAUACAGUAUAAAAGAUUUGGGCAGUUAUAAAUGUUUCUGUUUAACACAGUUCAAAGAUGUGAAAAAUGUAAUAAGUAAUUUAUUUUUAAAAGCAAUAUGAAUUAAAGAGCACAGAUUUUUAUUUAGUGACAAAAAGUCAUGUUUGAGCCAACAGUACAAAACAGUCUACUUCUACAGAUUCUAGACAUUGCAUAUUAAGAAUGUGUUAAUAAUGAUGUUAAACCAGUCAUAAAUUAUUUGAAUUAUCAGUGGAUUCUGAGAAAAUGUUUGUAAAAACAAAAAUUGUGAUUUCAGUGGCAAUCUAAAUACAUGCUGUGACAUCUUUUCCCCCUUCAGUGAGGAUUAUUUCUUGCUUUUGCUGAUCAUGAUUUUUUUUUUU